AUGAACGUAUAUAGAUACUUUAAGCUCUAUAUGUUUUUGAAACUCGUGGCCUUCAACAGCGGAAAGAGGGUCACUCGGAAUCACAGAAAUAGCAAAGGUGGAGUCAUUAGUUUUCUUGAAACGAAGAACCCAAUCAUAACCGCAAUGGACAUAAUAAGCGGAGCCAACGACGGGAGGAAGGAGCAGAACUUUGGGGGUGGCAAUUUGGGGGCCUACUACAACUUCAUGUACCCCGACAACUCUGACUACCCCUGGGCGUGCGUUUGCAACACCAAUGACUUCAAUCUCUGGAAGAAGAAGCAACAGCCAUAUGUGCGGUGCUGGAACCAGGAGGACCUCUCGCUGCAGGAUAUCCAGGCGAACUGCGAUCCUACGAGCGUCACGAACUACGAUAACAUAAAGUUGGGGUUCAUAAGCCCGCUCAUAACAAAAGACUUCUGA